AAGGCCAUAAACUAAAUUACGUGAAAAAAUUGUGGCCCGACAUAAUAUUAUUCCCGAAAAAGCCCAAAUUGCUGCAAGGCGUCUCUAGCGAGUGGCGAUGGCAGCUCCUGCGGUGGAGGCAACCGUCGCAACUGCUCUCCGCUCUGUGAUUCUGAGGGCUCGGAAGGCGGCGGAGCAAGUUGGAAGAGAUCCCGAGCGGGUCAGGGUCCUUGCAGUCUCCAAGACUAAACCCGUCUCACUUAUCCGCCAAAUCUACGACGCAGGUCACCGUUGCUUCGGCGAGAAUUACGUUCAAGAAAUCAUCGAUAAAGCUCCACAGCUUCCGGAAGAUAUAGAGUGGCAUUUCGUGGGGCAUUUACAGAGCAACAAAGCCAAAACGCUAUUGACUGGAGUCCCAAACUUGGCAAUGGUUCAUGGUGUGGAUGGAGAAAAGGUGGCUAACCAUCUAGAUCGAGCUGUUUCAACCCUUGGGAGACAUCCACUUAAGGUUUUGGUCCAAGUUAACACAAGCGGAGAAGUUUCUAAAUCUGGAAUCGAACCUUCCAGCGUUGUAGAGCUAGCAAGGCAUGUGAAACAGCACUGUCCAAAUCUGGUAUUCUCCGGGUUAAUGACUAUUGGGAUGCCUGAUUAUACGUCUACUCCAGAGAACUUCAGGACACUUUCAAACUGUAGAGCUGAUGUAUGCAAGGCACUUGGAAUGGCUGAGGAUCGAUUUGAACUGUCGAUGGGCAUGUCUGGUGACUUCGAGCUAGCGAUUGAGAUGGGAAGCACCAAUGUGAGGGUUGGUUCCACCAUUUUUGGACCAAGAGAGUACCCCAAAAAAGCAACUUAGCUACUAUUUCCUCAAACAGUUAUAGUAAAAUUCAUGUAUAAUGUUAUUUUGUCGACUAUUAGAAAUAUAAUUAUUCGUUUGUGAUAAACUGAUGUGUAUUCACAAGUUACUUUAUAGAAAUCAAUACAUUGCUAA